AUGGGCGCAGAAAUGGAGGCAGCACCAGUGCUGUCCACCCCCGAUGAUCGAAUCCUCGAAGCCACUAAGCCCGUCGUCUCCCACGAUCCCCAGCGCAUCGCGUCCGACGAAGAGCUCUGCAUCACGUACGAUAUCGAGCGCACAUUGAAAGAGAUUCGCCAGGCCCGGUACAAGCGAGUUGCUCUACAAUUUCCCGAUGACAUGCUACCAGAUGCUCCGCGGGUAUUCCAACUACUCAGUCGGGGACUGAACCCUGCGACAACGACUACCAGCGACGGCGCAAACGGUCACUCAAACGGAACGGAGAAUGGGGAUCUGGCGCAGUCUGUAACCGGUCUUCAGGUGGAGGAUCCAGCGGACGAGACGCCAAAACUGUACAUCCUGGCUGAUACUUCCUACGGAACCUGCUGUGUCGACGAAGUGGCUGCGGAACAUGUGAAUGCGGACGUGGUGGUACACUAUGGACGGUCUUGCUUGUCUCCAACGGCCCGAUUGCCUGUCAUUUAUGUUUUCACACAUAAGCCACUGCCCAUCGAGCCAGUGGUUCGUGCCUUCAAGGCUACCUACCCAGACCCAUCUACGAAAGUGAUCCUGGCGGCGGAUGUGACUUAUGCGGACCACGUCCCCAACUUGUAUGUUCGACUGACGAAGGAGGGAUAUACAGACUUGUUUGCUACGGAGAUCGUUCACCACCCAUCUUCUGCUAUUCCCAAUCGAUCCGUGCCUGAGUCUGUCCGCGAAAGCCCCGAUUCGUUGUCAGAAUGGCAGCUAUUCCAUAUUUCUGAUCCUCCGACAGCCCUUCUUAUGACCCUUGCAUCUCGCGUUACUGCGAUCCAUAUCUAUCCCACGGACAAGGCGGAGAAGGAAGAGGAUGAUGUGAAGCCACUAGAGGCAUCGACAGCUGCCGCCUUGCGGCGACGGUACGCCAUCUUGACCUCGCUAAACACCGUCCCUAUCUUCGGUAUCUUGAUCAACACCCUGAGUGUUAAGAACUAUCUUCACAUCGUGGAACAUGUUAAGCAGAAGAUUGCGGAUGCGGGCAAGAAGAGCUACAUGUUCGUGGUUGGAAAGUUGAACGCGGCUAAAGUCGCUAAUUUCAGCGAGAUUGGCGGUUGGGUGGUCAUCGGCUGCUGGGAGAGCUCCCUGGUGGACAGCAAAGAUUUCUGGAAACCGGUUAUCACCCCGUUUGAGUUAGAACUGACGCUCCAAGGGGAUACGGAGCGGGUCUGGACGGGAGCAUGGCAGAGCGAUUUUCAAGCCGUCCUUGAUAAACCGGCUGAAACUUUUUCAUCGGAAACUGACGGUGCGGCUGACGGCGACAACGACUACGAUGAGGAUGAGGAAGAAGAGGACUCAGACUUCGAAUCCGCACCUCCAGAAUUUGACUUGCGUACUGGCAAACUUGUCUCGCACUCACGUCCGAUGCGGGAUUCUGCACCCCGCGUUUCUGCCCAGCUUGAUGCUGCGGCGGCGAGUAGUGGACCGAAUGUUGCCCGGGCUUUAGCCAGACGGGCCAAAGGCGAUCUUGCCAUGAUCGGCGGGACCGUUUCUCCAGGGGCGGAAUUUCUACGAUCUCAGCGGACGUGGAAGGGAUUGGGCAGCGAUUUCGACAUCCGGUAUGACGACGAGGAGGAGAAUGAUCGGGAUAGCACACUUGUGGUGGAAGGGCGCAAGGGUAUUGCAAGGGGAUACACCGUGGGAGAAUCAAUAGACAAGCAUUGA